AUGGCUCCUCAAUCGGACAAUGAGAGCCGCCAGAGUACCACCAGCAUCGACAAAGACCUAGAGAAAGGCGACUCGGAAACCCGCCCGUCAACGCCCAAAUCAACAACAGCCCCUGUCGUCACAUCAGCGGCGAAUGCCGCGCACGAGCAGCCUCCGCCAUUAUGCAAUGAUUGGGAAGGACCUGACGACCCCGGGAAUGCGCAGAACUGGAGCAAGCCAAAGAAGGUCUACCAUACUUUCGUGCCUGCAUCCAUUGCAAUGGUAUGCACCCUAGGAUCAUCUAUCAUCACACCUGGUCGGCAGAGCAUCAUGGCGGACUUUGGUGUCUCAGCUGAAGUUGCCUUGUUCCCAUAUACCUUCUACGUCCUCGGUCUGGCCGCUGGCCCCUUCUUAGCCGCACCCACCUCGGAGACUCUGGGCCGCCGCGCCGUGUACCUCUCCGCCAUACCUAUAUUCGCUCUCUUCACACUCGGAGCCGGCUUCUCACAAAACAUUGCCAGCUUGACAAUUUGCAGGUUCUUCGCCGGCGUCUUCGGUUCUCCAGGGCUCAGUAUCGGAAGCGCCACUCUGUCGGAUAUGUGGAGGCCACACGAGCGAGCAGUGCCGAUGGCCAUAUACAUCACCACGCCCUUCCUGGGACCUGCAAUCGGUCCAAUGGUUGGCGGCUUUGUGGCUGCCGCAAAGGGAUGGCGGUGGACGCAGUGGGUACUGCUCUUCUUCACGAUCGUUGGCUUAGCGCCAGCCGUGGCCAUGAAAGAGACAUACAAGUCCGUAAUCCUGAAGAAGCGCGCUAGACAGCGUGGGAUGAAAACGCAAGGCGAGGACCGAACGUUUCUUCAGGCCACAAAAUUCUUCCUGACCUCAACCCUCACUCGGCCGGUCUGGAUGGCGCUAGUCGAGCCGGUUGUUGGAGCUUUCACUUUCUACAUCGCCUUCAACAUCGCCGUGCUCUACUCCUUCUUUGCGGCGUUCCCUGCUGUGUUCGCCCAGUCAUAUGGCUUCGGCAUCCGCGCCACAGGCUUGACAUUCCUUGGUCUUGGUGUUGGCUGCCUUAUUGGUUGCGUCAUCAUAAUCGCGUUUGCGAAGACGGUCUUCAAGCGUCAGGUUCAGAGGUCCAGAGAGGUAGGCAAGGGUGGAAAGGUUGAGCCGGAGAGCAGACUCUUCACUGCCAUGAUCGGCGCUGUGUUCUUGCCCAUCUCCUUGUUCUGGUUCGGAUGGACAGCUAACUAUUCGGUUCAUUGGAUCUGCCCCGUGAUCGCAGAGGCAGUGUUUGGCUGUGGCAAUCUCCUUGUCUUCAUGUCAGCAACAUUAUACCUCAUGGAUUUCUACGGACCGCUCUUCGGAGCCAGUGCGAUGGGUGCGAACAACAUCGCGCGAUACGCCCUGGGUUUCGCCUUCCCACUCUUUGCUGUGCAAAUGUAUGAGGGUCUUGGAACAGGUUGGGCGACGAGCUUGCUCGGCUUCGUUAGCCUUGCGUUAGCACCGAUCCCUUUCGCUUUCUAUGUGUAUGGGCCGAAGCUCAGAGCGAUGAGCCGCUGUCAGCGAGGCAACUAG